AUGCGCUCGUUUACACUUCUCUCAUUGGCAGCGGCUGCCGUGCCGGCUUUGGCUGACACUCACUACUUCUUUUCCGGUUUCUUCUCCGGAAACACCAUCGUCGGUGUUGAGUUUGACGAUGAGAAGUCCUCGCUUACUCUCGUUAACAACAUCACUACUGAUGCUUCCUCGGGAUCUAAAUGGAUCGCGCUCGACUCUCGUCAAAAGAACCUGUACGUAGGAACCACAGGUUACUUCCAGAGCUACGCCAUCACCGACGACUUGAGCCUGGAGUACAGCAGCAACGUGAGCUUGUCAUCAGACUGCACCAACGCAAACUUCAUCACCUCAUCCACCGCACCCCCCUACACCGUCUUCGGAACCCCGUACGGAGGAGGCUGCUCGUCUCUGGCGAUCACCGUCGACGACAACGGAGUCCUCCAAGAGACAACGGCGAAUGUGACUUACGACAGCGCCGCCGGAGUCCACGGCACCGACAUGAGCCCCAACAACGACUUCAUCUACUCCGCCGAUGACAUGGGCAACGCUGUCUGGGUGCACUCCUACGACAACACCACCGGCGCCGUCACGGAGGUCCAGUAUCUCGCCGCUGCCGAGGGCUCUGAUCCCCGUCACCUGGCAGUCCACCCCAACGGCAAAUGGGUCUACGUCGUCUACGAAGCAGCCAGCUCCAUCGCGUCCUACGAGCGCGACACCACUACCGGCGAACUGACCUUCACCAACACGACCUACUCCCUGCUUCCCUCAGGAUACACAAACUCUUCCUCCUACUGGGCCGACGAAGUCCUCUUCUCCAUCCCCAGCAGCAACGCCAGCGCCACGGCGCCCAAGUACCUCAUCGCCGCCACGCGAUCCCGCACCGUCGGUAUCCCGGGCUACGUCUCCGCCUUCUCCCUCGAUAGCUCGACUGGCGCCAUCGUCGAGCAGCUCUUCCUUCUUCCCACCACGAACAGUGGCGGUUCGGCGAACGCUGUCUCCCCGGCCCCGUUCAACGAGGAGUACUUUGCCAUCACCGACAGCGGCUCCAACUUCCUGGAAGUAUGGAAGAUUGAUGCCAGCGGUUCUGCUACGACGGCUUCGGCCGUUGCUCACCUUGACUUGGCGUCGGGUCCGGCCAACGUCGUUUGGUACAGCUAA